UGCGGGUAGUGCUAGUGCAGCAUGGAUUGGCGAAAUAUUGGUUUGUUGUGGCUGACUUUAUUGCCACUUGUCUGCGCUUGGAGUACAACAUUAACUGGUGGAACUGGCGAAGCAACACAGAAGAAUGAAAUCUCACCUUAUAUAGAUAUAGUGCUCUGUCCAAUCAGAGAAGAGCCUUGGAGCUGUGCUAAGCAACAAUCUGCGCGUAUACUUGAUGUGUGGGAUGCUGAAUUGCGAUCACAGUGGCAGAAAUUAAAAGUUGAGGCGGAUAGUCAGCUGAAUGCGACAUUGGCGAAACGUGGUUACAGUGCUUCUGAAAUUACAAUAAAAGAAAAACCAUCGAGCAUUUUAAAGAAAAUUGAGAUUGGAUCAAAUUUUAUGAAACAGUAUUUAGUGGAGACAAUGGAUGGGUGAGUAGUUAAUAAAUUUAAUUAUCUAAAAAUCAUAUAAAGCGAGGAAGAACCUUUAAUCAGUGAGGCAGACAAAGCUGAAAGUUUAGUUAAUAAUAGUCGCUCUGAUGAUGAAAGUGAUGAUGACACUGAAGCAGAUGAAGAUGAUGAUGAAGAUGAAAAUAGCAAUGAUAAUGAUAAUGAAGAUGAUGCUGAACAAACGGAUACCAAAAUUGAUGGUAUAAAAACACAAACUCUAGCACAUGAUAAUAAUGAAAAUGGUGAUGAAUUCAUAGAAAUCGAAGAAGCGGCAGCUUUUGGACAACUUAAAAAACCCGGCGGUGGUGGUAUUAAGAAACGUAAGAAGGGUCAAGCAAGUCAGGUUGCUGCACCUGCCACUGUGUUGCUACUGAAACCAACAGAAGAUCAUGGAGUUGAUGAACAUGCUGGUAAUAAUAUUGCAUUCAGUAGCGGACAUGGUCAUGGUCAUGGUGGUAAGCCACUUAAACAGAAACGUAAGAAGCGUAAGAAGCAUCAAAAACCAGGAGAAUCUGUGGCAACUGUCGUUGUUGAACAGGAACCAUCGUCAAAUGUAUUAGGUCUACUCGAUGAAUUGGUGGGCAGUGAGGAUUUGUUGAGCGGUGCAAGUGGAGGAAAACGCAAAAAACAAAAAAAUCCACUAAACUACGGUAGAAGUAAUGGAGUUACUCGUGGCAAGAAGAAGAAGAAGAGGAGAGCUAUAGUGAAAUUAGUUUUAUUGGGUUCAUUUCUUAAAGCUAAAAUCGAGUUAUUGCUUAAAAUCCUUGGCGCUCAUCUACAAAUCAAAUUCUUCGCAAUCGCAUUGAUUGGACUUCUGAUCAACAUCGCACGAUUCUGGAUCGAUGUCAAGCGCGGCGGUGCACCACAAAAGGUUGUCUAUGUUGAACAUGCACAUCAUCAGCAUCACUAUGAAGAUCACGGAGAUGAUUGGGGUGAACAGGGCAGCUACUGGAAGCGAUCACUGCAAACUGAUCCAAGUUAUGAGGACAACUCGCCUUCAAGUACAGAUAGUUACCAAGUGAGACCAGAAUACGAUUCACAUUAUUUGGCCUACAGAAAUCAAUGGCAAUAA